AUGAGUGUUGUGUCUGACAGUCUCUUUAACGCAGCGCUGUACAAACCAGCCUAUGUCAGUUCGGUGUAUACAACCAUCUCUCUGCCAGCUAGUAAUGCUAAUGACGGUAACGAUAGUGUGAGUUUAGCCAGCUGCACCCAUACUAAUGUGGACGACCCUGGAUGGUGGAUGGUGGAUCUCAGAGGUCUCUACAGAGUGGAGCAGAUUGUUCUAGUAAACAGGGGAGACGACAACAACUCAUCUCUCAGAACUCAGAAUUAUCAGUUUGACGUGUUUCGGUCUGACCCAAGGUUGUCUAGUGGCUUCCCCACUGACCCUGGCGAGGUGUGCUACAAGAGAAUAGAACCAGUUGGACAGGGAGCGACCUUGACACAGAUAUGUGACUACCCAAUCAUGGGGAGAUUUGUCCGAUUUACUAGGUUCAUAUUUCAUUUACAUAAAUUUCGUAGCACACCAAGAUAA